AUGGUCAUCGCGCCCCCAGGACAGAUUACAAUGGAAACACUAGGAGUUCAAUUCCUAUCUCUCUUUAACCGAAGCUGCCAUAUCGAGGCCUUCCUUCCAACCUUUCCGGACACUCAGUGUGCGAAGUGCCUUGAAUACGGCCACCGCCAGGAGAAAUGUAAGAACAAUGGGAAAUGCGGCCACUGCGCCGGAGAUCACCUCACCAGUUUCCACCCAUGUAACGAAUGCCAGGGAGGAUAUAGAUGCACCUACACCCCAAUCAGAUGCCUGAACUGUAAAGAAGCUCAUAAGGCCUCCGACCCAGCAUGCUCCGAGAGGGCAAAACGCCGUUUCCUCAACAAAGGGAAGGAAAACGCCCCACCCGCUCAAGACCCACCGGCCGCACCCGUCCAAGAGUUUCUUCCAAUAGUUCAAGUACCAGCCACCGCCCCGGUCGGAGCCACACCCGCGGCGGUAGAAGAAGCGGAAACAGACUCUAGUAUUUAUUUCCUACUAUUACAAGAACCAUGGACCUCAGCGGAGGGAUACCCACCAGAAUCAAAUCUCUUUUAUAUUUUCACAGCCAGCAACACUAACACAAAAUGUGCAACAUACAUCCGCAAACAUGCCAACCUCAAACCAAAACACCACUAUACAUACGAUAAUUUUAUAGUAUCGAUUACGGUAGAAAUCCAGAACAAGAAAACCCAAAUCCUAAAUAUAUACUCCCCAGGCCGAAGUGGCCCCUUUGCCCAAAUAGCAAAAACAAUCCAAACCCUCGACAACUGCCUAGUAAUGGGAGACUUCAACUGCCACCAUCAAAUGUGGUACGGAGUAAAUUCACAUGAAUACAGGAAUAACAUUCGGGCAGACCGUGUCAACGGCGUCUUUACGCAUUUCCCCAGAGACAGAGGGAAAAGGCCCACAAUCAUCGACCGUACAUUUGUAAAAGGCCCAACACUUGACCACAACCUACGAUGGAGCACCGAACCCUACGGAGCGGGCUCAGACCACUGGAGAACCUCCGUUCAUUUACACUUGGAAAAACCACCUUUUGUACCAAGACGUAUGUGGCGACAAACAGACUGGAAGCUAUUGGAGAACCAUAUGUCAAACAUUUCCAUCCCUGCAGAGGCAUGGGAAACCAAGGAACAUACGGAACAAACUGUCGAUUUCUUCCUAGAACUGGUCAGGUCAACAGUCAGCAUAGUAACACCACUCUCGAAGGAGGGGGUAAGAGCCAACUCCUGGUGGUCAGAUGAAAUGAAACAAAUGAAGGCAAGGGUAAACGCAGCAGAAAGGAAGGCGAGAAACACAAGGAAACCCAACCACGUGGAGGAACACCGGAAAGCUUGCAGAGAAUGGACAGUCAUGAUCCGGAAAGCAAAAGCGGACCAGCGGGAAAAGACGAUGAACGAGGCGAAAGGUAGUGAAAUCUGGAGAAUCCUAAACGCAGGAAGGAGAAGAGACACAAUCAUACCAACCAUACAAGGUGAAGAAACGUUUGCUGGGAAGUGUCAAGCUCUAAGAGCCCAACGUUUCCCCUCGAAACGGACGUCCCCCGACCACCCCCCCCUAAACAUUAGACCCCCUUCUUUUGACCUUAGCAACACCUUCGACAUAGUCACCCCCGAAGAACUUAAUAAAGCAAUCGACUCCUGUCCAGCGCACUCGGCGACCGGCCCGGAUGGCAUCCCUUAUACCUUUAUUAAAGCAAUAGUCAGAGCAAACACAACUCUAAUUCAAGACAUGUUCUCCGCCAUGCUCCGGCACGCUAAGUGUAUCCCGAUCCCGAAACCCGGUAAAGCAAAUUAUCAUGAAGCAAAAGCCUACCGGCCCAUUUCCCUUCUACAAUGUUUCAGCAAAAUCCUGGAGAAGAUAGUGGCUCAGAGACUCUGCACCGUUGAGGAAAUCCUAGGCACACUCUCAGCGAAUCAAUUUGGAGGAAGACCAACCAUCUCGGCAAUCGACGCCCUCCUGAAAACCUUAACACCAAUACAACAAAAUCUACUACUGAAAAACAGCACCGGAAUCGCCCGGCGAGACAGACCAGCGAUCCUAACCAACGACAUCCAAGGAGCAUUUAAUUGUGUCGAUCACCUACUCCUCGCGCAAAUCAUGCACCAACAAAAAUACCCCACCUACCUGACAGAAUGGUGUAAGGAAUUCAACACCGGCAGAAAACUACAGUUCCAAUUUAACUAUGAGCUAGAGGAACCACAGCCCUAUGAUUCUGGAGUGCCGCAAGGUAGCCCCAUGUCCCCGGUACUAUUUAUGAUCUAUGCCGGAGUAAUCCUGGACCCAACUGGCAGCCCAAAAGAGAUGGACACAACUUACAUCGAUGACGAUGCGCUGGUGCAAAUAUCCAAAACACCAGGCUUCACAAUCAGGAGAAUGGAGGAACGAAUGAGAGAAAGACUAAUUAAAGCUGAGCCACUCCAAAUCAAAUACGACCCGGAUAAAUCCGAUCUGAUCUUCUUCCGGCCCACCACAUCAUCCACGCAACAAACACGACUUCCAGUCAAAGUUAACAACAUCAAUAUAUACCCCAAGGAGAGGCUGAAAUACGUACGAGUCUGGAUAGAUCCGACCCUCUCCUUCCGGCCCCACAUCGAAGCAGCGAUCGCGAAAGGCCUUAAAGCCCUCCACCAGAUUCGAAACACUGCCCGCCUGCCAGGCAUAACAGGUAAGACUAUCCACCACCUAAUAACACAAGGCUUCCUUCCAAGCCUGCUCUACGGAUCCGAGGCUUGGUGGACUGACGCAGACCACAUUAUAAGAUCCCUCGAACCACUAUACAAUGAAGCGGCCCGGGUCAUCACCGGCCUACCACGAUUGACCAAAAGAGCUAAACUCCUCCGAGAAGCAGGCCUACCCCCCCUAGAAUACCUUCUGACAUACCGCUCAAGAAAGUACGGAACCAGAAUACUCUGUACUAAUGCAACCCACCCCAACAAUGAAUCCCUGAUCGAGCUCCUCCCAUACAGAGAAACAAACAUCAAAGGAACAGGCCUACACCGAAUCGCCUCCCUCUUGCUCCCAUACCAAACUCCCGGAAAUAUGAGAGAUAAGUGGAACCAAAACAAACUACUACGCGACCACCUGUUAGAAGAAUGGAAUACACAACCAAUACCUAACUACCACCAUCGGGGGGAAUUCCGCCCCCCUCCCAAGAUUGCAAAACUCACCCUGACAGAAGCAAAGAAGGUAUUUCGAAUCCGAUGUCAAACCACCCGGAUCGACAAACAUGCAGCACACAUAGACCCCGAACCAUGCCAGUGUGGGAUGGAAAACUCAGCGAAACAUACACUUAUGGAAUGCCCAGCGUGGGCUCGAAUCCGUGCCCCCCUGAUAGAGAAAAUCCCCGGAGCGAUGGCCUGGGAAAAUUGGAUGUUCACAAACCUGAAAACGGACCAUAUCCUACAAUUUGCAAAGAAAUCUCAACUCUCGAAAUGGUACGAGUCGGUGGAGGCGGAGGCGGACCUGGAAGAGGGGAUGGAAGAAAAUGAUUACAGGCGGGAUUAG